AUAAAUCCCGCCAACUCAAUCACUUAUCUCUUUAAUUCCAAAACAACUGAACUCUCAGCCGACAAACUAGAACAAAUCAAUUACACAAAAUGGAUCUCUUCCAUAUCGCCCAAAGGCUAGGCCUCUCUGAAUCCAAGCAAUUGAUUCGAAAAGCCGCUGAGUUUCGCCGGCUUUGCGAUGCGCAGUUCGAUUCCUCGGUUAUCGGAGUCGGAGAGAUCUGUAAGGCUAUUAUGUGUCUGGAAAUUGCCGCCACGAGGUUCGACACAAUAUUUGAUCGACAGACAGCUAUUAAGAUGAGUGGAAUGUCGGAGAAGGCUUAUACCAGAUCCUUUAAUCUGCUACAAAACAGCAUUGGUUUCAGGAAUAAGUUGGAUAUAAGAGAACUGGGGAUUCAGUUUGGAUGUGUUCGGCUCAUUCCAUUUGUCCAGAAGGGCUUGUCGCUGUACAAGGAACGGUUUCUUUCUUCAUUGCCAGCUUCCAGGCGGGAAUCUGCAGACUUCACACGCCCUGUUUUUACUGCUGUUGCAUUCUAUUUAUGUGCGAGAAAACAGAAGCUGAAGGUAGACAAGCUUAAGUUGAUUGAGGUUUGUGGAACAUCUGAAGCUGAAUUUAAUAGUGUUGCUACCACAAUGAAGGACCUAUGUCAUGAUGUUUUAGGAGUCACAAAGGAAAAGAAAGAUCCUACAGAAAUAAAAGGGAAUCGAGAAUUGCUAGAUGCCUUACCUGGAAAAAGGAAGAUUGAAGAUGGAGGAUAUCUAUCUGAUGAUGGCACUGAGGUUUCAAGUUACAAACGGCAAAAGAGAAAGGACAAAGUUGCUUUUGAGGAGUGGAAAUCCUCGGUUUUGUCUUCAAACAAAAAGCAGGCAAAAGCACCUUGCAAACGAACAACGCAAAUCAGCCUCAACUUUCAGAAGAAAGUUGCUGAGACUGAGGAAUUAGAGGCAAUGUAAGAAACUGGCAUCCUUUUGAUGAAUCUUUUGGGUUGUCCAUGCUGGAAGCUCGAAUGGGAAGAAAGGAAAAAGAAUAUGAAGUGCAAUUAUUCCUUAUCAAAAAUGACUGUAAAGUUGCAGUUUAGCUUACAUAUUUAUACUAUGGUCUCCUUUCAUCCUUUUCUUCAAAAAUAGGCUCUUAGCUCUUCACAAAUAUUUAUGUUAACAUUUAUUUUUUUAUUCAGGGAAUAAAAUAAUGUUAAAAUUGUUAUAUCAAAA